AUGAGUCUCAAUAUUUUGCGGCUGUCGGGGAGCCGCCAGUUCCCCCAAGAGUUAUGGGGUCGCCCAACAACGAAGCCUUGGAUGCUAGCGAUUAACACUGCUCUAGGCUUAUUUGUGGGCUUUGGUCUGCUGUAUAUUGCAAGGUCAUAUCUCCCCUCGAGCAAAGCUUCCAAGACGGAGGAGGAGGAGUCGGCCGCUGUAACUGACAAUGAUCACUCCGUGCUCAAGAACCAUUCAUAUGUCCAGUCAUAUAAAACCAAGCACGCCGAGUACCCGUCAAUAAGGACGUUUUAUCAUCCUCAUCCACAUGCCGAAAAGCUCCAAGCUAUCGCAGAUCUCCCUCUACUCGUCUUUAUUCAUGGAUUGGGUGGCUCUUUACCUCAGUUUGCGCCCCUGCUCGGAAGCUUGGUCAAUAUAGCCCCAUGUUUCGGCAUUGAUUUGCCAGGGCAUGGCAUGUCCAAAUUCUCGCCGAAGGACCAUGAUGCCUAUACCAUUUCUGCGUUCUGCGAGCUCUGGCAGACGGCCAUUCGAGAUAUUUGUGAACAGCACGGACAUAAAAAGGUGGUGUUUAUUGGCCACAGCAUGGGUUGCUCCCUCGCUGCAGUGCUAGCAACGUCUCCUUCAUUCCCAUUGCGUGUAGAAGGGUUUGUUGGUAUUUGUCCCAAGGCUACUCCACCCUCGCCGUCUGAGACAACUUCGGCAAGGCGGUUCCUAGCUCUCCCGGACAUAGCACUCAAUAUACUGAGAGCCCUGGACCGAAGAGGGGGCGUCAACUCUCGAAGUGUUGAAAGAAUGGCCGGAAAGGCGGCUGGAAUAGACCUUCGCCGCCUCCAGUUAGCGUUCAACAAGGACUUCAAAACACCGGUCUGGAAACGCUCUGCGUUGGGCUGUCUGCCACAGUACGACUCCGCAGGGAAACCAAUAGGCGGUCUGCCUGGGAAGGACACCUGGGCAAGAAUCCAGGUGCCUCUGUUCCUUAUCGCUGGCGAGGCAGACACCGUCACAAAGCCCGCCGAGCUCACAACCAUUGUUUCUUUCCUGAAGAAGCUCCCGGUCGGUGAGCAGAGCAAAGGGGGUCCUCAGAGCACAACACUACCUACCGACGCCACUGAUUCAGAGCGCACGACCGCAAACGCCUCGAGUCAGGGCAAACCCGACCCAAUGGCGGAUGAACGCCAAUUCGGCACCCUUCCCUCAACAAGCGAGAUGUCCAGCCACAACUCGAAGAUUGUCAAGACAGCAAUCCUGCCUUCGCCCGCAGCUCACGCCUUGAUGUACGACCACUCGACCUACCGCACGGUGGCGGGCUUGAUCGAAGACUUCCUGGCGCGCUACGUCUCCCCAGAACUUUCACUGGGCUGGCAACUCCAGCAACUGACCACCUCGGGCAAAUGGGACGUGAAGAACCUGGAGAAGUGGAAAAAGGUGCUGCCCGUGUCGGGCGCCAUCGGGCACCCUCCCGCGUCUGGCAUCUUCCGGGCCAUGAAGACGCUGCGGGAGCAGGACGAGGUGCACACGCCGUCGGUGUUUGUGCGGAACUGGAGCGACCAGAUCUUCGCCGUCGUCGACAUCUCGCACGACUCGCCCGUCUACGACACCAAGGCCCUCGAGCGCGGCGGCAUCCAGUACCACAAGUUCCCGACCGUGAGCAAAGUUCCCCCCACGGCCGUCGAGGUCGCCGACUUCAUCGCCCUGGUCGACCGCCUGCGCCUCGAGGACCCCCACACCGUCGAGGGCAAGACCAUCGGCGUCCACUGCCACUACGGCUACAACCGCACGGGCUUCUUCAUCUGCUGCUACUUGAUCGAGAGGCUGGGCUACCGGCCACAAGACGCGAUCGAGGAGUUUGCCGCCCAGAAACCCCCGGGCAUCAAACACGAGCACUUUAUCGACACCAUGUUUAUGCGGUAUCAUGUUGGCCUGAAGAAGGCGCCCACCUUCGUCGACACCAGACAGGGCUCCAUAUCAGGGGUAGAAUCGGUGCAGUCGAUAGAUUCAUAG